AUGAAAACUUGUGCAGAAGGUAAAAUUCAAAUAGAUGAUCGAGAUUAUUCUUUAAAACUAUUGGACGAUUCCUGAAGUAAAAGAGAAAAUGAAUUGAAAGAAGAAAGAGAAAUUGAGCUGAAUGAUCUGAGAGAACAAAUUUCAAAACUUAAACAUAGUUUAGACGAAGCUAAAAUAAGGUUUUCUAUGAUUGAUGAAGAAAAUAGAAGUUUAGAAAAUGAAAUCCAAGAGCUUGAAACUAAAAACCAAAAGCUUGCGGCAUUUAAAGCAAAUCUCUUGAACACACUUAGAGAAAGUGAUUCAGAGACACCUAAUAUUAUGAUAAGUCCACGAACACUUGCAACUUCUCCGGUAUCAUCAUCCUUAACCAAAAUCCCUACCACUUCACUAUUUCCUCCAUCAAAACUAGGCGCUUCUGAAGGAAAAUAUACGGAUGGCAAAAAAUUUUUUUCUGAUGCAAGAGCAAGACUUUCUUAUGAAGUUUUUACAAGGUUCUUGUCCUGCGUAAAAAUGUUGAAUGAUAAGAUUGUUACGAAAGAAAAUGCACUAGCUGAAGUCAGAGAAAUUUUUGGAGAUGAAAAUGAUGAUCUAUAUAGAGAGUUCAGCUGUUUGAUAUCUAAAAAAUAA